AUGGGUAAGUUAUCAUUCAUCAGCCGACAUAUAGUACUGUUCACAAACAACCGUCCCGUUUUUGGAAUAAUUCUUAUAGAAGAUGAAAUAAUUUUUGACGUAGUCCUCAUAGAAAAUUCAACCUCAAUUCUCUCAGUAAUGGAAAAUUAUCAAGAAUGAAACCCAAUCGAUUUGGAAGACUUUUAUAUAUCUCCAGGCAUUAUAGAUUGUAAUAUAAAAAAGGAAUUUGAGGAUUACGAUCAUCUUACACGGCAAGCAGUCUCAGGAGGGAUAACCUUUAUAAUACACGAAAAAUCAAAACUUUCAGAAUUCGAAGAUAAUAGUGAUCUUUAUUGCGAUGUUGGUGAAAUUUCUUUAAUUGAGUCAUACGAGUCAUUAAAAGAGUGCGUUGAUAGUGAUUCCAUCGCACUCAAAUGCUAUUUGAAUGCCCCAGAUAAUAAAACAAAGCCAGUAUCAAUGCAGCUUGAAACCCUUUUUCAAGAGUUAUCAGAGACGAAUAUUCCUUUGAUAAUAGACCCGAUUCUGCCUUAUAGUAGACAGCUAUUUUUAGCUUCUCCAUUUCACUGUAGCACAGCUGAAGACCGCAUAACUGGAAAACUUCCUGAUACCAAACUGAAUCCUGCAGCAUUUCCUGACUCAGUUGAAGAAGAAAUUCCAAAAAUCAGCUCAUUUGAGUCUCCGAAAGAACGCAAAAAAGCUGGAUCUCCAAAAAUUCAAUCAGAAAAGCAAGGAAAAUAUAAAGACUUAAGCCCAACAAGUCCUGCAAUAGACCAUGUCUCAAUGACUCCUUUCAAAAUAAAUUCUGAAGAAAAUGAAGAAGCCCCAGCUAGCCUCACUAAACUUCGUCCAAGAGCUAUGACUUAUACAAUAUUUGAUGAUUUAAAUAAAAGAAUCAAAGAAAACGAAGAGAGCACUGAAAGUAUCAGCUUAUACCUGCUCGCUAUAGACAAAAGCAUAGCUAUUGUUUACUAUAAGAAAAUAUAAUAAAAAAUAGUCAAUAAAGACAUUUGUAUUCAUAAAAAUAGGGAUAGCUGAACAAAGUGCUUAUUCUGAAGCUGGCUCAACUGUAUUUAGUCCAAUGAUUAUUCCAGAAUUAAGAAAAAGAAGCAGUUCUUUUGAUAUAAUGAUUUUAAACUCGAAUUCCCUAUCAAGCACUCCAACAACUGAUGGCAGCCCAGUGAAGCCUUCUGCAUUCUUGCAGAGGAUGCAAGGGAGAAGGCCAACUCCACUGGUCAUGAUAAAAGAAGAAAAAAUUAACAGUGAUACAGAAUAUGUCCAGCAUCUUGCCUCAAUACCUGAUACCUGGGAAAUUCAUGGAGUAGAAACUAUAAUAAGCAGCUUAAAACAGGUAAACUAUCCUGUGCACCUAGCUAACCUUUCUUCCGCAAGCUCUGUAAACUUAGUCCGUCAAGCUAAACUUGAGAAAAUCUCAUUGACUUGUGAAACUUGUGUACAUUAUUUGUUUUUUACAAAAGACAGUGUUAAAAAUGGGGAUACAAGAUUUAAAGAUUUUCCUCCUAUCAAAAGCAAAACAAACUUCAAUUUGUUGUGGGAUUUACUCAAACUGAAAGCAAUUGAUAUGGUAAGUUCGCAUCAUUUUUUAGUUGAUCCAAAAUUAAAAUUUUUAGAGUCUGGCAGCUUUAAAAGAGCAGUCAGUGGGGUAAGCACAUUAGGGUACACUUUGCAGGCUCUAUGGACUAUUUUGACAAUUCCUGCCACUCUUGGGUCUGAAAUUGAGCAUUAUCUUUGUAGAUUAGGAAAAUGGCUCUCGUUGCAUCCUGCACGAUUUCUAAGGCUGCCAAAUAGAGGGUCUAUAGAAAAAGGAAAGGCCGCUGACUUAAUAAUAUGGAAGCCUUAUGAGAGAACUCAAAUUUCAGCAGCAAACUCAAUGCGCCCUGAAAUGUGCUUGUUUUUUGAUGAAAUAUUAAAAGGCAAAAUUUAUCAUGUGUAUAUAAGAGGCUGUUUAGCUUACUCUAACAACCAAUAUUAUCCAGUUGGUAAAAAGAUAAGCCGUAAAUGUCCAUAUUAA